UGACGUUCCGUUUCUGUUUGUCCUACGAAGACCGUCUCGUUUAAACGAGGCUUGUUUAGUGGACACUCGGUUGGGGCUCAACAUAUCCAGAAACAGACGAUUUGACGGAGGAAAAGACACUUCCUUCUUGCUCUUGCUCUUGCUCUUGCUCUUGCUUGAGUAUUUGGACUAUAUUUCACCGUUCCUCAUAGGAACAGUUUUUUGUGAACAAGAUAUGAAGGAUCUUUCUAGCUGACUCAUCCAUGUCAAGUUUAUAGGAUAUAUUUCUCUGUGAACUCCACCAUGGAAGAAACAUUUGGUGGUGUCUCCUCGAUUGUGGAGUCUAGUCUAUAUCACAAUGUCCACACCAUCCUCAGAGAACUGGACUGUGAACCUCAGGCUGGGUCAGCCUGCAAUAAAGGGAUGUUGAGAUGGACACUUCAUAACAGGGUGGAGAGAAAUCCAUCUAUCUGUGGCCCUCUGCUGAAUGUCCUGAUAAAAGAGCUUGAGAAGGCAGAGAGAAUUGAUUCCAAGAUCCGCAUUAUUCCUUUGCUUCACACACUUGCCUACACAGUCUUACAGUCUGUUUUUAUUCCAGACAACCUCUAUCACAGGAUAUAUGUGUGCCUAAAAAAUUUAGUUAUGUUGCCUAUGCCCUACUGUGCAAUAGCCCUCAACUAUGCAAGACAGAUGAAAAUGGAGCAAACCACACCAGGAAUGCUGUAUCAAAGGAGGAUCACUGCUGAACACAAUCUUCGUAAUGAACUUUAUCCAUUCUAUGAGAAGGUGUUUGUGUUUAUGGAUCCUGCUGUCUUCCCUCUGUCUCUGCUGAGCACACUCAAAGCUGACGUGGAGAGUACAGACCACAGUGGAGACACAUUGAUCUACAAGCGCAGGGUUAUACUACACACAAUGCUUGCUGGACUAGGAAAGCAGUGUCACAUUGGCCAGCUCACACAGGCUCUAGAGCAUUUAGGUGAAGACCUGGAGCAGCAGUUCCAGGAUAUAGUCACAAUCACUGAGCAGAUAAUAGAAGAGGGAUCUUCUGAUUAUAAUCAGUACAAAAGAAGACUAGAAGAGAUUUACCAAGACAUCCUGCCUGCUGUUAGUAAUGAUCUGUUGUGUCCAUCCUCACAUGCAGAAGCUCAGCUGCCUAAUCCUGAGGUCAGCUUCAAUAUCUGGACGAAAGAGGAUGACAUAUGGAAUGAGCUGGUUAACUUUGCACUUAUGGUUCCUUCGGACCGGAACUCUACGCAUCUAGAUGAAGAUGACUUGAAACGUAUCUCUGUCAUGUCAACCAUAUCCACGGACAGUGGCAUAGAAGGAGACAUUCCCAUCUCUGAGUUCUCUUCUUUAAUGAUGGAAGCUCAGGGUGGACCAGAGGAACAGAGCUGCUCUCAGUCCUCCUACAGGAGACCGUGUGUGAGAUGGCCCAAAAGCAGCAACAGAAUGAUGCUCAUGAUGGAGGCAAUUAAAGGAAGUGGAGGAUACAACAUCCCUAAAGAGGAAAGGAACCUCACCGCUCGUGUCGUUGUAAUGGGAGACGAUAGAACGCUAGGGCGGCUAGCCAAGACUUUUCAGACUAUAAGAAAAAGAGAAGCACGACAUCUUCUACUCACAAAGAGAUUGAACAUGGAGUUGUAUUACAUACCAGUCACUGACCAGCCUUCUUCAGCUGUUCAGGAGGGUCUUCCGGUGACUGAGGAUAUGCUAACACUGGCUGGGUACUUGGGACGUGUGGAUCCGUGGUAUGACUGUAACAUCAACGGUUUAGGGGCCAUGAUUCUCAAACUGGCCCAAAUGCAGUCUAGUCAGAGUGAAUCAUCAGACCCAAACUCCUUCCUGCUAGAUAUCAUCUCUUACUACACACGUGUCAGCAAACAUCCUGUGUAUCUCCCCGUCUACUCUGUCAAGAUCUGUUUCUCUGGCAUCAGCACCAACACAGUGGAGGAAGUGUUUGUGUCUCAGCUCGCAAUGGACUUCCCCGAUGUCAAAAGUUUCAGAUCCACAUUUAAAGAUACAAUUAAAGGUUCAGUACGGUACAAAAGGAACAACGAACAAGAAUUUUAUGGUCCAACUGUGUCGGUUAAUUAUAGAAAGGCCUCAAUAAGUGACAGAGAAAAGGAAAGACGAAUGUCUUUGACGACAUGUGGCAUGUUAAUCAGUGUCAUGCCGUCCUGCACAGCCAAAAGUCUACAUAGUGUCAACAUAAGUUUUCAAGAUAUAAAUCCUUCAAGGCACAGCACACCUUCAUUCAGAGCAGUUAGUGUCAAUAUCAGAGUUCUGGAAAAAAGGACGUUCUCUGUGUGUUUGGAUAAAGACCCACGUAGAAACUUCAAAAAUGUGCAGAGUAUUGAGGUUUCUCCAUGCUUGGAUCCAGGAUAUUGCCAUCAAGCAACUACCAAAUCCAAGUACAGUUUAGGAGAGGGAGAUGAUCCGUCUAGCAAAUAUCUGAAUAAGACCCUCACUCUGCCAAUCAACACCUUCUGUGGCAUUGAACAAUGACAAGAUGGCACACAUUCAUGACGUUAUGACACUUAGUUACCUCUCAGAGGCCUUUUAGUGUUUGCGUGUGUAGUUAUUCUUUUCAUGUGUAGUCUAGAAUACAUUCAGCCACACGAGGCCAUGGUUUCCUGCUAACCUGUGAACACAGAUGUACUGUUCAAAGACUGUUGAAUGUGUAUGGGUUUAUGUUGUUAUAGGAUUGAUCUGUAAAAUGUACGAAUGUUGAGAAACAUUCUGCAGUUAUGCACAUUUUAAAAUAUCUUGUUUACACUACUUUUAUACGUU